AGUUUGCUCGAUUGCAACAGCUGAUUGAGAUUUUGUGGCUUGAGUCCAAAGGGUUGAGAGGAUGAAAUACUAGAAAUCCCUUGUCUCCUCUCUCACCAUUCCUCAAUUUUUCUUAAGCCAGUGUUAAUACACAUGUGACUAUAUUCAUAAUUUCUUUUCAAUUCAGAAGUACAGUUCCUUGUCCUGAUUCCAUUGUUUAACAUUGCUGCACAUCAACAAGAAUAUGAGGGCAUUGGUGGCAUUAGUUGUUAUGCCAGGUUUGUCUCAAGUAUUGACUGUCAACAUAAAUCAGUUGUGAGUCCACCACAAUGAAAUGACGUGUUAGUAAAGGAAGAGGUGGAGAAAGAGUGAUCAAAAGGGUGAGGACAGACAAUUGCAACAGGAUAACAGAACAGAGACAAGAGGAAAGAGACUGAUAAAAGAGAAUGGGAGGGAAGCUCACAUGUCACCUAAACUCCAAAGAACACAGGUACAUCUCAGAGCAUAUUGCUGACAUCAUGGAGACAUUGGCUCCUCUCUAUCGAUGUCAUCUCAGCUCAAAUCUUCUGACCCACAUGAGAAACAAACACAUGGAGCCCAGUGAACCCCGCCCUCUGAUUCAGCAUCCUAAGGUCGUUGCACAUGGUGGGUUUGUGUUGGAGGGUACUUUGCCUCAAUACAUGGAUGGGAUCUGGACACAUCGCCACCUACUGGUCACCAACAGUUUUACAGUCGAGAGUCGUGAGUCUAAACAGGUAUUUGAAGGUGGUUGGGGGUGUAAGACAGAGUUGGUGCUUUCUGGCUGUCAUAUCUGCACCUCCAUACAGGACCAUUGUGAGUUAGUGGCUGACAUGUGCCAACACAUCAAAGGUAAAUCAGGUGGUAAACUGGCGUGUUGGGAUUGCCCCACCGCAUUUCCUGUCUUCAUGCAGCACCCUUACAGUGCCCCAGUGUGUCUGGCCACUGGAUCACACCAGGAACAGACACGUUGGGCGAACAUACUGCGAGCUGCAACACAACAUCAGAGCUCUGCACUCUGGUGUGAAGAUUCACCAGAAUCUAGGGCCUUCCUAGAUGCUGUGUCUUCCUUGAAGAAGCUCAGAGGAAACUGUCAAACAGAGGUAUAUCCAGUGGGCGAUUGGGAGGAGGUGUUGGUAAGCAUGGUUAUGGAAGACGUGAUGUCCUACCUCAAGGAGAAAGUAUUUCCCAGGAUUAUUGCACAUCACAGCAGGAGGAGGACAGCCUGGAUCAAACUGCUGUCUGAGGUCUACAGGACAGCAAAGCAUCAGGUAAAAGCUGCCAUGGCGGCUCUGAAGGAGGAGUUGUCACUUUAUCGUUCGGAUGUGGAGAAACAGAUCUCUGCAGGACUGCAACAGGCCAGUCUGCUGCAGGACCACAUCGCUCACACGAUUACAGAGGACAUGUGUGAGCCGAUGUUACACUCCCUCCAACGCACGAUCAUCCCAAGGCUGGACUGUACUCUGCAGGAAGUGGCCACACCCAUCUGUGAUGGAUUUGCUUCUACCUGGCAAUACUUCCUGGAGACAUGUGAUGACAUCAUAGACCUGGGAUCAAAAAGCACAUCAAUGAAGGAUAUCAAAAAAGAGGUGCUGACGCCUCUGAGCGGCCACGGACCAGACGAUGCCAGGAUGUGGCAGUGCCUGGACAAGCUGGAGAUGAGCUCAGAGGGGCAAACUUGGCUCCAGGAGACAUGGGGAGUCCACAGUGGAACCUGGAGGCCUUUGUUACUCAAAGCUCAGAACGCUCUCUACGAAGUGGUUGAUAUGUGUGCUGUGAUGUUCCGGAGGUUGCUCUCUCGGUAUCCGUGUUUCUCUUUUAACUCUUCCCAGCUCACAGCGGUGCUGUGUAGGAUCAAAGAGAAAGUGGUCAAGCAUCUGGAUACAGAACUGUUGGCACUUCGAUCUCAAUUAAUUCUGGAGGCGGUCCUACAGAUAACACUGCCAGCAUUUACACAUGGUGUGGGUGAGCAGGAUCUGUCUCGUUACUAUGCCAUGGUGAACUCAGAGCAAGCCCUCUUCAUUCACCCUGACACCAUCUUCCACUCCGUCCUAAGAGACAACCUGACCUCUUACAUCCAGUCAGUGAUGAGGCACUCCCUGCCACAGCAGUUCGUGCCUCUCCCUACCAGUCCCAGGAACCCCUGCAGCUCCAGCUCUAGUUUCUCUGAGCCAGUGUACCACAAGCUGCUGCCUCCUGGUGACUGCCAGCAGAACAUCUGCCAAACCUCUGAAGGCUCUACCUCUGGAUCUGAAACACUCACACCAAGCACCGUAUCUGACUGGGAUGACACUUUGGCCGACUCAGAAAACUCUGUAAACCACACGCCCUCACUGCUUGAUGCAGAAGAAUACAUCCAUCUUAUUGAUCCAUAAAUGAACUGUAGAAGAACACCAUAGAGUGUAGUAGUAGAUCAUGUCAUCUGUAUUCUAUUUGCAUUUUUCACAACAAAUAUAUAACUUAAAUAGAAAGGGACCAAUUGGACAGCUAUAGCAUAUAUUGAAAUUGGUUCAGCCUAAUCGACAGGCAUUGAAAGUUGGUAACUUUUAUAAAAAAUAACUUUUUGUCAUAUUUGCUCAAACUGUAACUAUGUCCUGACAGUACUACACGAGUCAGAUAAUCUGUGAAAAAAA